AAAACAUUGCAAAUGUCUUCAUUUGGAGUUCGCGGUAUGAGCCAACAAUUUGGCAUACGGAUUUGUUGUUGUCGCGUGUGCACCUGUAUAAAUUUUGGAUUUGUCACCUCCAAGGCGGGAAUAUUGAAAAUGCUUCAAUUGGGUUUAGCGACUUUGUGUGAGGGCUUACUCAUCAGAUAUGGCAUGCCCGCCGCAGAUACCAUUGGUCAGCCUUUAAUGGGAUUUUUGACUACAACUUCAUAUUGUUUUACCACGGUGGCAAUAUUACUGGCCUGUUAUUGCUUUUCGGAAAAAUCUUUUGGUCUUAUACGACAAUCGUUAUUUGAAACACUAUUCAAUGGCAUUGCUUGCAGCAUGUAUUUCAGUGCUUCUAGUUAUAUGGGAUUUGCUUGUGUGGUAUGGUUGCAUCCACAAUUUCUAAUCAAACCAGGAUUUUGGGCAUAUCCAGCAAUGACUGCAGCCUAUUAUAUAGGAUAUGCCGCUGGGUUAUUGCAUGGAAUCGAUGCCUAUUUAGCCUUCAAACAUUACAAAGGCUAUCGAUAA